AUGAAUCGAAUAGAUGAUCUAUCAAUAAUAUCGUCACCUUGCGCUAUUAUGAUCUUGGAAUCGUUACCAGAUGAAAUUUUCUUUGAAAUUUUCGAAUAUGUAUCCAUUCAAGACUUGUAUCAUGGUUUUUAUAGUCUCAAUCUUCGAUUUCGAAUGAUUCUUGCUUCUCUGACAAACCUCUACGGUGAAACGACAUUCGAACGAGAAUUGUCUUCGCCACCUUUUCGUUUCUUUGCCUCACGUAUACCAAAGCUCAGUAUGCAUAAUGUUGAUUUGAUGGAUUUAUCAUCAUUUUCGGCCGUUCGCUCACUGGCAUUAUAUAUUGAACCAAAUCGAGCGCAAUGCCACUUGAUUCGAGUCUUUUCUCAUCUCAAAUAUUUGUACAUUUCACAACGACCAAUAGGCCAUUUUUAUUAUUCAGUAUCAUUACCACAUUUUGUCUUCACGAAUGCAUAUCCAAACUUGUAUACAUGUGAACUCAAUCUGAUUUCUUACCGAAUACAACAACAUUGGACUUGA